CUUUGCCCCCCUCCCCCCACCCCCGUUCUCUGCUCUCGCUCCCCUCCGAGGCAGUUGGUGGCCGCGGUGCCGCUGCCGGCCCCACGUGUUUCUGAGCCCGCGCAGAGCUGCCCGCCCGCUGCGCAGCGCGAUGCCAGCGGCUCUGGGAGGCUCCGGUGCGCAAAAAGAAACAACAAAACUCCUUCGAAGAGGACAGAAUUCCGCAGCGGUCUCCGAGAGGCUCUGCUCAUGGAGGCCGGGACGCUGAACCCCAUCACCCGGGAUGUGCACGGGGCUGCCGGGCGCAAGGGCAGCAGCUGCAGGGAGCUGAGCGAGGGGCAGUACGUGCUGUGCCGCUGGACCGAUGGGCUGUACUACCUGGGGAAGAUCAAAAGGGUGAGCGGCUCCAAGCAGAGCUGCCUGGUGACGUUUGAGGACAACUCCAAGUACUGGGUCCUCUGGAAGGACAUCCAGCAUGCCGGCGUCCCCGGGGAGGAGCCCAAGUGCAACAUCUGCCUGGGGAAGACAUCGGGGCCCAGGAACGAAAUCCUCAUCUGCGGGAAGUGCGGGCUGGGUUACCACCAGCAGUGCCAUGUCCCGGUGGCGAGCAGCGGUGAGGGCCCUCUGGGGACGCCGUGGUUCUGCCGCCGCUGCAUCUUCGCCCUGGCCGUGCGGAAGGGGGGUGCCCUGAAGAAGGGAGCCAUCGCCAAGACGCUGCAAGCCGUCAAGAUGGUGCUGUCCUACAACCCCGACCUGCUGGAGUGGGACUCUCCGCACCGCACCAACCAGCAGCAGUGCUACUGCUACUGCGGGGGCCCUGGCGAGUGGUACCUGAAGAUGCUGCAGUGCUACCGCUGCCGGCAGUGGUUCCACGAAGCGUGCACCCAGUGCCUCAGCGACCCCAUGAUGUUUGGGGACCGGUUCUAUGUGUUUUUCUGCUCUGUGUGCAACCAGGGACCUGAGUACAUCAAGCGCCUGCCCCUGCGAUGGGUGGACGUGGUCCAUCUCGCCCUGUACAACCUGGGCGUGCAGAGCAAGAAGAAGUACUUCGACUUCGAGGAGAUCCUGGCCUUUGUGAACCACCACUGGGACCCUCUGCAGCUCGGGAAGCUGACCAGCACCCCUGUGUCUGAGCGUGGCCCCCAUCUGCUCAACGCCCUCAACAGCUACAAGAGCAGGUUUCUCUGUGGGAAGGAGAUCAAGAAGAAGAAAUGCAUCUUCCGCCUGCGGAUCCGCGUCCCGCCGAACCCCCCCAGCAAGGUGCUGCCAGAGAAGGCCCCGGGCGACAGCGGCUCUUGUGAGCUGAAGAGGAAAGGGAAGAGCAGAUACGUGCACAAGGACAGCCUGCUCCCGCGGCAGCUCCAGCAGCAGAAGCAGCGUGCGGUGCGGCGGAAGAGGGCCAAGUUCCUGCUGGAGGACGCCAUCCCCAGCAGCGACUUCACCUCCGCCUGGAGCACCAACCACCACCUGGCCAGCAUCUUUGACUUCACACUGGAUGAGAUUCAGAGCCUGAAGAGCGCCAGCUCGGGGCAGACCUUCCUCUCCGACGUGGACUCCACGGAUGCUGCCAGCACCUCAGGCUCAGCCACCACCAGCCUGUCCUGCGAGUCCAGCCGGAGGACGGUGGGCAGCCGUAAGCGCAAGCAGACAGUCCUGACCCCCCCCUCGGUGCGGCCCAAGCGUGGCGGAGGGGCGGCGGGCGGGCAGGUGGCGGCGGGCAGCCCCCGGGGCAGCGAGGCGGCCUGUGGGCCUGAGCGGCCGGACGACGGCAUCGACAGCCACACCUUCGAGAGCAUCAGCGAAGACGACUCGUCGCUCUCGCACCUCAAGUCGUCCAUCAGCAGCUACUUCGGGGCGGCGGGGCGGCUGGUGUGCGGGGAGAAGUACCAGGUGCUGGCGCGGCGCGUGACGCUCGAGGGCAAAGUGCAGUACCUGGUGGAGUGGGAAGGGACCACCCCCUACUGAGCCCACAUCCCAGUGGUCCCAUCACCUCUCCUGGAGCUGACAGCGGAGCCCUUGGGUGCAGCCAGGCCUUGGUGCAGCAGAGGAGGAAGAGGAGGAGGAUGCCCUGUGCUCAGCACCCCGGCUGCCUGGAGCUGUGAGGGGUGGACCCCUUCAGCCUUUUUAUUGUAUUCCUUUGACAACUGUUAUUUUAUUGGCCACGUACAUGCAGCGCUGUCCUGCUUCGGCCUUUGGUCACACCAGAGGCACCGGAGGAGUGGGGCAGCUCAGGCCCCUCCUGGAGCACAGGGGCUGUGUGAGCUCUGCGUGGGAUCAGCCCGCGGUCACCACGUCCGGGCCUGCAGCAGCGGCCUCGCAGGGACCCAGUGCUAAAGCACCACCGCUGUCCCUCUGUGGAGCCCAAUGGCUCAUCCCUACACCAUAGAAAAUGGCAGGUGACGCCGAAGCCCUUGCAUGGGGUUUUCCUUCUCAUGCCAAACCCUUUCAUCGGAGGAAUGUGAUUUCCUCUGAAGGGAGGACACCCUAUGAAUCGCUCAGACCCCAUCCCAGGGCCUGGAUGUGCUGCGUUCCCCAUCCCAACCAUCGCCUCUUGGCACAGCUCAGCCAAACACACGCACGUGCCUUAAACCACAGCGGGCACAGCCCGGACUGGCCUUCAUUCCCGCAGGGAUGCCCAUCCUGCAGUGCCAAACCAGCCAAGAAACCAAAAAGGCAGCGGGGUGCUCCCCCGACCCGCAGCGCUGCGCCUGCUGCGGUCAUGCUGCCGCUUCACCGUGGCUUUCUAUACCGAAGGAGAACGAGCACCCCUUUUUGUCUAAAGCAAUAGUGUCACUUUGUUCAGGAGCAAACUUCUUUGAAAACAAAUUCUACUCUCAGAUGUACUCGUUAGGUUUUUUUCUAAGAUGUGCUGAUGUGUAUGUGUGCUGCUCUCCCCCACCCCCCGGCUGCGUGGGGCUGAGCCGCGUGCUGCAGCAGCAUCGUUCCUCUGCGUGUUCGUGGUCUGCCAGCCGGGGGGUGAACGGAAAAAGCUGUUUUAUUGCAGAAGUACUGAAAUGAUUCACCCUGUCAAAGUACAGCGAGGUGUGGGGAGCAAGGCAGCGUGCUGCCUCGUGUCAUGUGAAGGUGAAAAUCUAUCGGUGUGAGAGAGCAGAUUGCAAACAGAACCCUUAAAGCUUCGUCCUGGAGAACAACCCCACUGCUGCGGUGAGGCGGUGGGACACGCAGUGCGGGUGCUGCUCACGUGGGCCAGGUGUGAGCUGCAACACCCCGAGCAUUGGGUGCAGCAAGGCAAAGCCCUGCAGUGCCUUCACGCUGUGCCACCGGGGCUGUGCACUGGCGCUUGUGCUCGGUGCAGAGCUGUGUGCUGAGCUCCAUCCAGCUGCAGCCAUGGCGCAGUUUGCAUCCAUUCAUCUGAAUGGAGCUGCCUCCAAGAGGCCCCAGCGUUUUGGGAGAGGUUGCUGCCAGGACCCCACCACGCCUGGUGCCGGUCCCCCCAUCCUGCCCAUGUUGGUCGCCAGGGGAGCACCACGUAUUUCCUUUCAUGAGUGCCUAUGGAGCCCAGGUGACUCCCAGUUGCUGCCUGGGGAGCUGGGGGCUGUCAGGAGCUGUGCCCAGACCGAGCAGGGUUAUCCCCAUGGGAUGUGCCUGGGGGACGUGGGUGACCCCAGCUCAGCAGCUCCCUCCUCCUCCUCCUCUCCCUCUCCUCUCCUCCCGGCCUAUUGCAGAGAACUGAAUGUGGAGCCUUUAAAAGUAUUUUUGUUUCAGAAUAUAUUUUGCAUUAGUUGUAAUAGAUAUUAUAAUGACUCUGUGCACCUUCUAAAGAUUUAUGGUUUCAGGCUGCUGCUUGUAAUAACCAACUCUUGUUAUAUCCGAGUUGUAAUUAAUAUGUCUGAUGUACAAUUAAAAAGACUUUUUUUCUUUUUUUU